CUGAAGGCCGUUCUGUUUUCGGCUUUUCUUUCUUUUGUGAUGGGGCUGCUGUAACUGUAGUCCAUUGAUUUUCUAUUGAGAGAGAGAGAGAGAGAGAGAGAGAGAGAGAGAGAGCUUGUAUGGUUACGGUCGCAUUCAAUAUCUGACCUUAUAGGACACUGCUCUCUGAUUGCCCAUCACCUCCAAUUCCAUCCUUCUAUUUAAUUCAUCUCUCUCUCUCCCACUCUUUCUCUCUCUCUCUUUCUCUCUCUCAUUCCUAAUGGGUUGUAGCUGUAAUCCCAUUUGCAAUCACACACAUCUCUACCUUCUCAUAUCAUUUCUCCUCAUUUCAAGCUCAACCCAAAUGAGAUUCAUGGUUGAUGGCCUUAAAAUUCAUAAGUUUCUCGAGGUUUCCAAGGUAGGAGAAGAAGAGAAGAUGUUUCUGAGGGCGAGGAUCGGAUCAAGGCCACCGAGCUGCCAAAGAAGGUGUAGUUCAUGUGGGCAUUGUGAGGCAGUUCAGGUACCAGCAGUUCCACAAGAGAGAAGUGAAAGAAGGCAUUCCACCAGAAUCUCUACAAUCAGCUCUAGUCGUGAAGACACUUCCAAUUACAAGCCCAUGAGUUGGAAAUGCAAAUGUGGAGAUAUGAUUUUCAAUCCCUGACUGAAAAAUGAGUUAUGAAGAAAAACCCAUUUCAAUUGUGGAUAGGAAUACUUGAAAAAAUCAAUCAGAAUUCUUUUUUGUUCUUGUUUUC